AGAAUAACGUAGAAGGUUGCCGCUCAUUCGAGACAAUGAUUCUCAUACGGCUGACAAUAAGCCCGAGUGAAGUCACACAACCUGAAGUCCGAACACAAUCGUUAAUACAAUUACGGAUCAGAAUUAUCCCCAUUACUCCAUUUAGUAUCUUCGCAAUGAUUUAGUACAGUAGUUUUAAAAAAGAGCAUAGGACAAGAUGGUGUCCGGGCCCCGAUUGCCCCAACAAGGCGGAAACUCCGUCAUCGGGUUCAUACAAACCCCAUUCCGGCACAUCGCCGUAACAGCAGCUGCGGCAGCAUCCAUAGUCACCGGCACCGUUUCACAAACAUUCCACUCGCAACACCCAAAAAUUCCGGCACAGAAGACAAAGCAAGUUCGCAAGGAUGCAACAAAAACCCUUCCGAUCGUUCGGCGUUCCGCACCGGUCUACUCCGUUCCGAGCCCGUCCAGACAUGGAGAUGACUUUAACAUGCGACCGUACGAACUUAAACCAACACCUCCCAAACGCGUAAAAUUGAUGAGAAUAAAAAGACGGGAAUCCGGCUCUGACAAAAUCAUGGAACAGUGGAUUGAUCAACAAGCCAGACUCGAGGCAGCAAAGGCAAGAUCAAAACGUAGAAGUAAGAAAGUCCAUCGACAAUCGUCCGGAGCCUCGCUUCAAGCGCCACCGAAGCGAACGGCGUAUGACGUUCUGCUCCAGGAUACGCAUGCUGUCCGAGGCCCCAGAACAUCCCAACAGAUAAGCGUUCGGAACAGAGCAAUUAAUGACAUUCACCAACACGCGCUUCGAGAUCUCAAAAAUCCGAGCAAACGGAAAAAUCGAUGGGAAGCAACUCCAAUGAACCGUGUAAAACAAGAUGAGGCGCUGGAAUUUCUCGAAAGGCGCGAUAUGUUCGGUAAUUUACUGCCUCCACCGGAAAGCAACGAAGAUUCUAUAUUGGCAGCAGCAGCGACAAAUCCAAAAAAGGAGAGCCGGAAGUCAGCAGUUCAUCCCGAACAUUACGUCGAACCGAGAGAUCGUCAUACUCGCCGUAAAGACGUCGAAUUGUCCUCCAUCUUGAAAGCUUACGUGCAUAUGAAUCCGGGAAAGCAGACAUCUAUUCGCCGCCACAACUCCGGCACCGAUAUGGACUGUAAUGACGACCGUGUCAUUUCAUCGCGCAGUGAUAAUCGAACAAAAGCUGCAGGAGAUCGAAGAAAUCGUAGAAAAACUCAUUCUGAAUACUCAACCACAACAAGCACGGAAGAUCAUGAGAUCAAUUCAGACUACACCGAAGAUUACGGCCAGGGUUCUAAAAUCCAUCAUUCGAUUCGACGAGAAAAUGGAGGCUCUCUUUCAGUCCUCGGCCAAGAUACGUAUUUCCAGCCGGACUUCUACACUCAAGCCCCACCUCUGAACCUUCAAUUCGAUGAAAACUCUGCGGAAAUGCCGCUUUCCCCGUCCGCGCAGUUAGAGCUUAUCCAAUGCCUCGCGGAAAAAGAGCCAGCACUUCUGAAAUUAGCUGAGAAGCUUUCAUUAGUGAAGUCCAAGUCGCAGAAAUCCUCUCCGCAACGGACUACGCGCCGUCCUGCCGCACGUUCUAAAGAAAGUCCAAAGUCCGAGGAGACGUCGCUACAAAAUCAGAGUGGCCCAAGUAACUCAAUCGAACAAGCUAAAGCUCCAGAAUUGGACGACCACCCAGACAUCACAGUUGAAACAACGAUUCUUCAGGAAAACCAAAAUGUAUUCGAGCGGGUAGCCACUGCGAAUGAUCUUGGUCUUGUUCCCUUGAAUAAUGAGCAAGAGACUAGCUCGGAUCGAGGAGGAACUGAACGAAAUUAUGAAUGUCUUCAAUCAAAGGAAAAGGCAACCCGCGAAAGCAUUUGCGCUUUUACAAUUGAAGAGCAACCCAAGCAACAUGCGGCGAAAGCCGCUACAGAUGCGAUAGUCGCAGAGAAACCACAAUUGACCAAUACGCCAAAACUCGUGACACCGAAAUGGAUUCCCCCUCUGGAAGAAGAGAUUAAUAUGUCUAGCAGUGAGAAAUCAAGCGCGCUGAAACACUUAUGGGACACUGUGUCCAUGACAUGGGCUGACCUCUUCUACGAGGAUCCCGGACCAGACAGCGAAGGGCGACCAUUCUUCAGUUUUGUUCCUAUUAUCGGCUACCCCCUGAAUGGCGAAGAUAAAUGGGCCAAGUACACGGAACUUCAGAAGGCUGACGAUUUAUUCUCCAAUUGACAAAAUUGUAAUUAAUAAAAUAGACGAAAUUCUCCUGAAUGAA